AUGGAGGCCUCGGGUUGCUCUGUUUCCAUCUCCACUCUCAUCUGUGAAGAAGACGGCGCCGAUUUGGAAGCCGAUGACGACUCCAACGAAGACGGCGAGCUCUUCCUCCUAUUAAAAGAGCAACCUUUAUCCCAAAGCGAUGAGGAGUACGUGGAGAAGUUGAUCUCCAAAGAGACCAACUUUAACAUCGCAAGCCGCUGCUGUUCUCCCUCUUCUUGUGAUGAAGCCCCUUCGAUGCUAUCCCAGGAUUGGUUCGUAGCAUCACGCAUCGAUUCCAUCCGAUGGAUUCUAAGGACAAGGGCCUGCUUUGGAUUCAGCUAUAAAACUGCUUAUUUGGCAAUCAGUUUCUUCGAUCGCUUCUGUCUCCGGCGAACCAUUGAAAAGGAGAAAUCAUGGGCUAUUCAAUUGUUAUCGAUCGCGUGCUUGUCGUUGGCGGCGAAGAUCGAAGAGGAAAGGGCCCCCUUACUUUCGGAGUAUCGGAUAGAAGAGCAUGCGUUUAGGAGCAAUGCAAUAUUAAGAAUGGAGCUUCUUGUGUUGAGCACAUUGGAAUGGCGCGCGAUCGGGGUUACUCCGUUCGAUUAUCUGAGCUACUUCGUGAAUAAGUUUCAAUGCAGGGAUGGAUCAAAGCAUUCGAUCCACGAAGCCGUUGGAUUCAUUUUUGCAAUCAUUGAAGUGAUUAGUAUACUGGAUUAUAGGCCCUCCACUAUAGCUGCAGCUGCCAUAUUAGCUGCAUCCAAUGAAGGAUUGACAAAGGAAUUAGUGGAAUCUAAGAUGGCCACUCUCUCUCUAUGUGGGUCCUUAGACAAGAGUGCAGAAGCAAAUAGUGAGGGAAAGGAGCAUGUGUAUGCUUGCUAUAAUGCAAUGAAUCAGGAGUCAAAGAAGAAGCACAAGGAAUCAAGGAGAUUGGAUUCUUCAGACUUAUCAGAAAAUUGCACAAGUGUUACUCAUGUAAUUGAUCUGACAGAUACUGCUUCUUUUACCUCCACAAGCAAUAAGAGGAGAAGGCUACAAUUACCCAACAUUAAUUGA